AUGAAGAUGCUGGAGCUGAACUACUACCAUGGAGAGAUAUUCGAAAAGUACAAAAUCAACAGCGUGCUGUCUGCACUGGUAGACAAGCACAAGCUGCAAAAUGGAAGCAUCGACUUUAAUGAACUGAGCAACAGAAAGAACAACUACAGCAUAAUGGCCCUGUUGGGCAGCCAAAUCAAAAAUUUCAACGACGAUGUGUAUAAAGACAUCGACACGAAUGAUAUCAUCUUAGCUCUCUCCAAGUUGAAACAAAUCGACGAACAAAUCACCAUAAACGAAAGCCGCAACAAAGACUACAUUUUGGAGAUGGCAGAGCAAAUGUAUUAUGAGUACUCCCAGAAGGGACUCAUCAGCAAUGAAAAUUCUUUCCAUUUAAACGACAAGGAAAACUUCAUCCGCGUGAACUUGCAACUAAUGAAUGAAAUUAACGCAGGGAUUAGGAGUUACCAAAACAAGAUCCCCUAUUUGCGUUCCUAUUCGGACGAAAAAUACCCCAGGGGGGAUGCUUUACUCCCUGUCGGGGGAGAUCCACACCAUAAUGGUGACGCUGAAAUUUAUAACAUCUCUGGGUUAAUCGAAAGGGAUGAUUAUUACAACGUUAAGCAAAAUGAGCAUGCGGAUGAUAGAGGGAGAAACCUGUUGGGUAGAAAUACCUACCCGAGUAGGAAGAACAACCAAGUGUUUGCAAACAGGACUGAUGAGCACCACCUAGUGGAUGAAUUGGGGCCAAAGGAGGAUGACAGCCAUGUGGGCGUCAUCCAUGGCGGUAAUGUCCAUGCUAAUGGGAAGAGCAACCUGCAUCAGUACCGAAAGGAGGCGACGAACAGUACCUACUGCAACAGCGUCGAAAAUGUGAAUGGCCCCAUCGGGGCAAGCAGGCGGGGAAGUCUGAACUUCCUUGGUGAAGAGGACGGCGACGGUACCCAUAUCGGGGUUGACCGUAUUAGCGGCAUUAAUGAUGACCGUGGUGAACGCCUAGGCGAACGAAGCGCAAGAAGCACCAGCAACCGUCGAAGGAGAAGCAGCCUCAGCAACGCGACGCGUUAUCACCACGGGGAACAGACUCUGCUCAGAGACCCAGCGGAAGGAACCUAUUUGAAGAGGGAAACGGUGCUGGCGAGACCAUCCGGGCAUAUGGGCCAAGCCAGGAAAACAGCGCAAUACGAAGGAGAGGAAGAAGACAAUAGCUUGACCGAAAAUAACCACAGAAAUAGUGCCCUCAGAAGUGCACACGAUUUAGGCAUAGCAAUGCAGAAUGAGCCAACAACACACAGAAGGAAAAGUUUUUACGAUGCGGAGCAUUCCAAUAGAAUCAACGCGAACAUGUGGGGCCAUAGACAUACGAGGGCCCAUGCAAGUGGAAGCGGCAAAGGGAUAUUUGAAAAAAAUAUCGAUCUUCUACCCAAGGAGGAUUUAAACUACUACGGAACCGAGUCUAAGCGAGCCAUGAGUAAUGUUAACAGCAUUAUGGGUGCACACCACGGCGCGGGGGAUCUACCUAGGGGAAAAUUAAAUACACAUAACAAUGUUUUCACCCAAAAGGGCCUUAACAGUAAUGAUUGCAAUGGGAACCACGCCCCAAACAGCGUUCUUGAAAAUAUAGACAAGGCUGAACAGGAAAUCGUUAACAACCAUUUGAAGAAUUCGCUAACACAGAACGAAUACGUCGCGAGGAGGAUGAGCUCUAUCCUUCUAAACCCAACCAUGCAACAGAAGGAAACCUUUAACAGCAGAGUUGUUCCCUCGUAUGACCACCAUGGCCAGCAAAGUGUAACAAAAUUUGCUCCGAGGAAUCCAUCGAAUGGUAAUAACUACACAGGGGACCAUUCUUUGCAGAAAUACAGCACACUCGGUCAGAGAAAGAAUUACACAGCAGAUACGAACCACAACAGUAGCUUCAUCGUAAGUAGCAGCGUCAACAAGAAUAACACGUCUGAAGAGGAUUCCAUCAUUCACGUGAUUGGAGGGGCGGACCAUGAGAAUAAGCAAUUCGCUGUGAGACCUAGAAAUAGCUUCUUCAUGAGGGAUAAAAACAUGCACUUUAACUCUAUGGAGAGAAAUAACAGUUCUAACACGCCCCUAAUAAAUAUGGAGAGUGUGAGUAACUUCUCGCGGAACGUGCCAAAAUCGAUUGAAUCGAACAUGAACAUGUACACAAAUAAACACUCACGGGCGCUGGACAUAAACGACCUGAACAGCAAUGCCAGUCGAAACUACGUGAACAGUUCUAAUAGCUUCAAAAGCGACUUCACAGCGAUGCGGGAGAACUACGCCAAGAUGCUGGAUCGCUCCAAGUCGCUCACGUCGCAAAUUUAUCGGGCGCCCAUUGCACAGAGGUACAUGUAG